AGUUGCCUCCUCAGUCACCGUCACACUCUUGUCAUGGCCGGACCGCACUUCGGCUUCCCCGGAAUGGAGUCAGCCCACGCUGGCGAGCAGCACAUCAAGCGGCCGAUGAACGCGUUCAUGGUGUGGUCGCGCAUUCAGCGCCGCAAGAUCGCCCUGGAUAACCCCAAAAUGCACAACUCGGAAAUAUCGAAGCGACUGGGUGCCGAGUGGAAGCUGCUCACCGAGAUGGAGAAGAGGCCGUUCAUCGACGAGGCCAAGCGACUGCGAGCGAUGCACAUGAAGGAGCAUCCCGACUACAAGUACAGACCUCGCAGGAAGCCCAAGUCAGCCGGUGGCGGUCCGAAGGCCUCCUCUCCGGUCGGCCACGGGUCGGCUGCUGCCCAGGCCGCAUUCCCCAGCUUCCCGCUGCCUCCGUACUUCGCGGCACCCUCCAACCACCAUCCACUCGACUACCCGCCUCUGCCGCCCUACUUCGGUUCGGCAUUCGACGCCGUGCACCUAUCCAAGCUGGUCCAGUCCCAGGUGCAGCAUCACCAGCAACAACAGCAACAACAACAACAUCAGCAACAACCUGGCCACCAACAACCGCACGAGUCACCGAAGACCUCAUCGGCGGCGGCCGCAGUGGUCAGCUCGUUCUACUCGUCGCUGUACCCGACCUCCACCCCCAAGACCUUCCAGCCGCCUCCACCGCCACUGUCCGCCCUCUUCCAGCCGCCGCCCCCGCACUUCCUGUUCGGCGGCUCCGGCCAGCAGAGCCCCCCCAGCCCCGGUGACGGCCCUCACCAGUCCGACCUCGACCAGCUCAGGAGGCCCGUCUCCGUCAUCUACUGACCCGAACGCAGCGCUUAGUUUCUAUCGUUAAAGACUGACCUACGACCAAGGUAAGGCGUGCACCACCUUCACCUAUUACAUAGUGACAAUCGUGAUAUAUUUUACAUAAUUAACGACGAUCUGGUGCAACUUUCCAAUCAUUGAGCCUGAAUGGUUGCUUCAACAAGCCAGCCACAAUACUGAAAAUGCAUCACAUGUUCAAUAGUGUUCCCUGUACAGCUAAAACCUAUAAUCAAAAUCACUAUAGGAUCACCAGUAGCAUGUUUUCAUUAUAAACCUUCUUGGUUUGAUAAAGUGCGCUGAUUCAAACCUCCAAGUGAUUCUUCAAAAAGGUAAAUUCCAAGAACAUUGAAAUACUACAUUAGUUUCCAAGAGCUACCCUCUUGUGUUUUAUACUGCCAUAAUUAAAUUGAUGGUAUCAGAUAUGUUCACUAUCCAUAGUCAAAUAUUAUAAAUAUUAAUUUCGGUGAAACUGACAUCUUAAUGAUAUUUUUCAAUUUGCCUGCUUUAUCAAUGCUGGCUUGUGGAGCCUACCAUGCUCGUUUUUCAACGAUUAUUCUGUGGUUAAUUGUGAUUUUGAAUUGAAGCUUCUAUAAUAACUUGUGUGCAACGAAUUUGUGCUUAUGUGACUUACCUAUACAUUGCAACAUACUGUUAUCUGAAUACUUAGAAUAUACCGCAAAUUAUGUUAUAAUACUAUAUAAUUAGUGGUGUACUCAGUGAAAUCGUUCUUUUUAUCCGAAUUCAAUGUGCCAUGAUAAUAUCAAUGUGUUUCAAAAUACAUACCCAUUCUCAGUAUCUUACAAUGAUGCUACGUUAAUUUUGUAUGUACUUAUAAUUAAUAUUAUUUUGGUUUAGAUAGUCCUAGGUUCAACUUGACUCAGUGUCAAACCCCCUAGCCUAGCUCAUAGGAUGAUAUCUACAAUUGAACUCAAUGGAAUCGUAUGAGUCAUUGGUUAAUUAAUUGGGUGAAAGUGAUCUCAUUUAAUCAUUAUAUAGCAUUCAGACUUCCCUAUUUAUGAGCAAAUUGUAUUGAAAAUUAGACUGACUUUUUUAUUUUUGAGGCGAUAAUUUUUCUUAAUUUCAUGAACUUAUUUUUUAUUGACUCUACAAUUUCCAAAGAAAUCAGUAUUCUUAAAAUCUGAAUUCCAACUCAAAUUACUAAACGAAUUCACACUAACUUACUGAGUUACUGACGAGAAAAUUGAUUGUCGUUCUAUUAUUAUUCCAAUAAUUGGUUUUGGUCAAUACAUCGAACUGUGUGUAAUCUCUCAUAUUUAUUACAUCCGGAUUUCAGAAUACUCUCUACUUAGCUAAUUCGAGACCAGCCAAAGAUAUAUCUCAUUUUCAAAAUAAUAAGUAUUAUAAUAUUAUAGGUGUUUUUUACCUAGUCGGUUUUAUUGUUAUUAAUACGGUGUGUACACGUGUAUAGUGACCACUGCUGCCCAUUUAUGUAAUAUUAUUGAUUUUAAUGUGUUAUGUAUUCAUGUAAAUAUCUUACUUGCCAAUUUGUUAUCGAGCGAUGUUUAUUUUGUAAAUAAUUAUUACAGUUAUAUCGAAAAAUAAGCAAAAUUUAUAAAAUAAAAUACAUAUUGAAUCAAAA